GUAUGCCGCAACGGCUUGGCAAGUCCCGCGCCUAUCACGUUCUAUGUCUGUAGUUCGCACUCGCACUCGUAUUGUGCCGUACUCGCACUCACCACGCCAAGAAGAACUGCAACAACGCGUUCGACACGGCGGAGCAUACAGACUUACGCGGUGAUGCAUGUAAGAAGCGUAGAGAAAAUGUAUAUUAUAUUCCACGAUGUAUCCUUCUCCACAGUCACACAGCAUCGAAUAUCAAGCCUCCAGCUCCAAUCAGCCACGCCAGAACCAAUCUACGAUACGAUUUCCACAAACAAUUGAUCAGAUCCAAAGUUACCACUCUUGUCCAUAUCCAAGAUGGGAAUCUCAAGAAUCCUCGACUUGCCUCUCUUCAGUAGCCGCUUCAAGUUACAAAUCCACAUUGCUCAAGUCGUACUCGUUACUGCCGCUGUCGGCCUUACGGUUCCUCGUCUCUUUGUAAAGAAUAUUCCGCGUUCAAGAUCAAGCACAAUUGCAUUAGGAAUGGGUGCUAAAUCCCUCAUCCUGCUCGCCUACCUCAUACUUUCGGAACACGUUCCCCGUUUCCAGCGUUGGCACAGCUACAAGGCGCACGCGAUUAUCGCUUGUCUCGAGGUGGUUUUCUGGAGUGGAGUUGCUGGCUUAACGUUCCAGGCCAACAUGAAGUCUUGUGUAGGGGUAACAUGUGGCCUAAGCUGGGUAGUAAUGGUCCUCGCCGUCAUUAUCAUCAACACAGAAAUUGUUUGCUCCGGUAUCAGCAUCAGAGAGUUCAGGGAGUGGAAAAAAGCUGGCAAGCCAAAGUCAAUGGGACCUCACUACGCCCCUCGUUCCCCAUUUGACGACGAGGAAUCACUCCGAACCGGAGUCGCACAACCAAAGGAGGCGCCUGUCCAAGCUGCCGAACGAGCAUACUUCCACUCUGAGCAACGAAAUGCGCAACCUGGCCAAACUCGACCCCACGGGGAAUCUCUUUGGAAUGAUCAGAACGCACGGCGAUCUUCCCGACAGGGACGCCAUCAUUCCUCGCGUCGCUCUGAAGAUCGUACACGUGGCCGAGAAGAGCGUCAUAUGCAUGAGAUGGAACAACCACCGCGAUAUCCAGAACAGCAACAAUACUCCCCAAGAGGAUCACGCUGAAUAUGCGAGUGCUGUAUGGGGAUGGGUUCCCUCACAGCUCACAGUUUGGGUGGAUUUAGGUCGCACUCGCGAUAUGCCUCUCGGCUUAUCUACAUGCUAGAACUGCGUAUACGUUCGCGUUGAUUUU